GAUAUUGAUGAAAUCUAGCUGGAGCGCGACAAAUCGCAACAGGUUUGAAUAUCGCGAAGCAGUACAAUGAUAAAAUCUUCAUCACCAGUAUGUGUAUCGGAUCUGGUAUGGGCAUGGCUGGUGUUUUCGUGAAUGAGCAGUGAUUGUAAGAUAUUUGUAUUUGUACUGUAUGUUUUUCCGUAAUGGAGGGUUCGCUCAUUUCACACCACUUUCCAAGCCCGAUGCAUCCCGCCGGCUUAUGUAAGACAUCCACUGUUCCCUCAUCUCGGCCUUAGCGCCUCAGCUCUGACCUCCUAUAUAUUGACUCAAAUUGACUCGCUUACCCUGAAGAGACGUCCAUCUUCUGACUUCUCCCACCGCUAUGGUCGACCUACCUCAAGAACUGGCGGAUCUUAUCAUAGAUGAACUGCAAGACGACCGGCUGGCGUUGUGCGCAUGCUCACUGGUAUCCCAUUCCUUCUACCAUCCAUCCCGAAAGUACAUAUUCCGGAAAAUCUCCCUCGGCCCCAAUUCCGUAGACGCUUUCAAUAAGAUCAUCGGCUCAUCCCCGGAUAUCCCCUUUCUCGUGCAUGAACUCUCCAUUCAGCGUGGGACACGGAUCCACAAGGAUUGGGCCGUGUAUAGCGAGGUCCUGCCGGGGAUUAUAUCCAGGUGUGCGAACCUCCGCCGACUGCAUUUGAGCAAGAUUGUAUGGCGUAAAGCCCCUGUUCGAUUCCCGACCUUGCGCUCAGCGGUGGAGAAUGCGAAUCUUACGUUUUUGGAUCUCAAGUCGUGUAGGUUCGCGAGCUAUGACGAUGCAGCGAGGUUCUUCGCACGGUUCCCGCGGUUGAAGCGUCUGUCGGUUAGUGGGAACCUUGCGGAGGAUGACUCGUUGGGGUGUUUUAGCCUGAGUGCCCCGACGACGAGGAUUGCUCUGGACGAGUUGGAUGUGGGUUUGAUGGAGAGUAUCAGCGUUAUGGGCUUCCUUGCGAUGAGUGGGUGUGUUUUUGAGUUGGGGAGGUUGAGGGUGUUGCAGUGGGAUAGUUGUGAUGAUUCGGAUAUGUUUGGGAUUAGGGUGAUCCUAAGGGAUGCGGUGGAUACGCUUGAGCAUGUUAGCGUGGGGAGGUGUUGUUGUGAUCAGCCGGGAGAGCCAAUCGAUAUCCGGACACUUAAAGUCUCUGACAAUCUCAUUUUCAAACUACUCCGAAGGGGUCCUACCAGCGUGGAUCAACGUCUUCCAGAGUAUACCUACCGCUUGCCCUCUACAGGUUCUGACCUUCCUGAUCGUGAUCAACUGGGCAUGCGAGCUCUCCACUCUAUCGUACCAGGAGCCGUGGAUCGAGCUUGACGCGGCCCUCACUAGGAAGGAGUUCUCGAGCUUGCGGAGGGUGGUGUUUAAGAUUUCGUUUGUGAGGAACACGCCUUUUAUGAUCGUCGGUGCGGCUAGGGGGGCUAUUGAGAAGUCCUGUAGGCGAUUGGCAUCCGCGGGGAUUAUUAGUGUGGAGUUGUCGAAUGAGCCCGUGAGAGAUGAGUAUGAUGGUAGGCUGAGGAGGUAUUGGUUAUACGAAGAGGUUCCUGAUUGUUAAACGCAGUUCAGGUCUGUCGGUGUGCGUCGGCUUGUUAAUUGAAUGCUUAAUUUUUGC